UUUCUGUCAAAACCACCCCAAGAGGUCCUGACAAUAGGACAAUUGUUCAGCACCUGAAAAAUGGUUCGUUUUUUUGCCAUCAUGCCAAAUGUCUGAACACUAGGACAACAUCUAUCCUAUCAAGGUGUGAGUUCACAUGCAGCCAUGUUAUAUCUGUCAAAACCGCAUCAAAAGAUAUUCCACGGGCCAUAGCUUUUCCACCACUAUCAAAAGACCCACCAUUUCCACUUGCCACCAACAUGUUAACACAGUACAGAAAAGUCACCAAGGUGUUCCAGGUGAAUAGGACAUCCUUUGUUGUGGUUGGCGAAGCAAAUCAGACCAACACUGGUAAGGGAUAG